CCCAAAAACACACAGAGAGAAGAAAAGAUGAUGGACGCUACGUCAGAAUCAGAAAGAACAAGUUUGGACCUAUCGAUAUCAUCACCUAAACAAGCUUACUACGUUGAGAGCCCUUCAAGCGUGUCUCACUUAGACGAUGGUGAUAAAUCCUCAUCCUCUGCUUCGCUUAUUCAGGUUCAUACCCCAAACUACACAAUUCUGACUGAAUCACGUCUCUCCUCUUCGAGCCGUACCUCCAAUGGGACCAGCGGUAUGGGAUCUCGGUGGAAAGGAAGCUCCCGGAGGAGUAAUAUGUAUUGGCCAGAGAAGCCUUACACGAUUCAUGAAGAUGAAGUUUAUGAAGAGAACAGAGGAUUGUCAGUGCCACAAUGCAGAGCUGUUUUGGUAGUGUUAGGGACUGUGGUUGUGUUCUCUGUUUUCUGCUCUGUAUUGUGGGGAGCUUCUCAUCCUUUCUCUCCUGUCGUCUCCGUCAAAAGCUUUAGCCUCCAUAGCUUUUAUUACGGAGAAGGAAUAGACAGAACAGGUGUUGCCACCAGGAUUCUGAGCUUUAAUAGUUCAGUGAAGGUUACCAUACACAGUCCUGCUCCUUACUUUGGCAUCCAUGUCUCUUCUUCUACUUUCAAACUCACCUUCUCCUCUUUCACCCUCGCCACUGGUCAGCUUAAGAGCUAUUACCAACCAAGAAAGAGCAAGCACAUAGCCAUUGUAAAACUCACUGGCGCCGAGGUUCCUUUGUAUGGAGCAGGACUACACUUGGCAGCCUCCGACAAGAAGGGUAAAGUUCCAGUGAAGUUAGAGUUUGACAUCAGAUCGCAAGGUAAUCUUUUGGGGAAGCUGGUCAAGUCGAAGCACGUAAAUCACAUCAUAUGCUCCUUCUUCAUCUCCUCUUCCAAGACAUCAAAACCCAUAGAAUUCUCUCACAAGACCUGUAAACUCGUUACAAAGUAAACACCUUUUCUAUAUUUCUUCA